CCGCGCGCCGUUUCGGACUGAGCUCAACCAAGGGCAGCCAGGGGGUCUCUGCUAGGGGGAAGGGGACGUUACUCCCAGGCAGGAGUUUAAAAAUAAAGUAAGUAUGCUAACGUUGACUAAAACAGCAGGACUUUUUCCUAAAUCAUCAAAAAGGAAAAUUCACAAAUUUUUAAGAAGUCUUUAUUAUCCCAGAGAACGUUUUUUUCAUGGAGUAGUCCUGGGAAUUGAGACCAGUUGCGAUGAUACAGCAGCUGCAGUGGUGGAUGGCAGUGGACAUGUACUGGGAGAAGCAAUACAUUCCCAAACGGAAGUUCAUUUAAAAACAGGUGGGAUUGUACCUCCAGUAGCUCAACAGCUUCACAGAGAAAAUAUUGAACGAAUAGUGCAACAAGCUCUCUCGGCCAGCCAAGUAUCUCCAAGUGAGCUCUCAGCAAUCGCAACGACCAUAAAGCCAGGACUUGCUCUAAGCCUGGGAGUUGGCUUAUCCUAUAGCCUACAGCUGGUACAUCAGCUUAAAAAGCCCUUCAUUCCCAUACAUCAUAUGGAGGCUCAUGCACUCACUAUCAGAUUGACCAAUAAAGUAGAAUUUCCUUUCUUAGUUCUUUUGAUUUCGGGAGGUCACUGUCUCUUAGCAUUAGUUAGAGGAGUUUCAGAUUUUCUGCUUCUUGGAAAGUCUUUGGACAUAGCACCGGGUGACAUGCUUGACAAGGUAGCAAGAAGACUGUCUUUAAUGAAACAUCCAGAGUGCUCAACCAUGAGUGGCGGGAAGGCCAUAGAACAUUUGGCUAAACAAGGAAAUAAACUCUGCUUUGACAUCAAACCACCCAUGCAGCGUGCCAAAAAUUGUGAUUUUUCUUUUUCUGGACUUCAACACGUUAUUGAUAAGAUAAUAAUGCAGAAAGAAAGAGAGGAAGGCAUUGAGAAGGGGCAGAUACUGUCCUCGGCCGUAGACAUCGCCGCUGCUGUGCAGCACACGACAGCCUGCCACAUCGCUAAGAGGACACAUCGAGCCCUUCUGUUUUGCAAGCAGAGAGACUUGUUGCCUCAGAAUGAUGCAGUACUGGUUGUAUCUGGAGGUGUUGCAAGUAACUUUUAUAUCCGAAAAGCUCUGGAGAUAGUAGCAAAUGCAACCCAAUGCACUUUGUUGUGUCCUCCUCCCAGGCUGUGCACUGACAAUGGAGUGAUGAUUGCAUGGAAUGGUAUUGAAAGAUUGCGUGCUGGCUUGGGCAUUUUACAUGAUGCAAAAGACAUCCGCUAUGAACCAAAAUGUCCUCUUGGAAUAGAUAUAUCGAAAGAAGUUGGAGAAGCAGCCAUAAAAGUACCAAGAUUAAAAAUCAACAUUUAAUUUUUGGUUUUUUAAAAAAAGCCCUAAAGGGGAAGAAUCACACCCAGUUACCACUAUGAGCAUGGUGCUCUAGGACCACCCUCCUGUUCACUGGACAUCAUGUGAUGCAGGGGGUUGAAUCUGGGGUUCCUGUAUGUGGAACAUGUGCCGCAACUCACUGAUCACUGAGCCGUCUCUUCAGUUCCUCAUUUGAAGUUUUAAGAAAUAAUGAUAUACAAGUAAUCUCUCAAAUAAUGUGUAUAUAUUUUUAGUUGACUGUAAAUGGUGACAUUCAUUAUUUUAGAAAUUAUAUUUAACUGGUUAAAAUAAAUUAAGAUAUAAAAGGUUGGCUUGGGGAUGGU